UUCGACCAAAAGAAUAGAGAAUACUUGCGAAUUUCAUAGUUAAGGGCAAAUUGAGGGUCAUAUUCUUUGAGGGUCAGCUGACUCAAUUUCCUUGUUUCUUUUUUUGGGUUUAAGCGACGGUGGUGUUCAUCUUCAGAGACUCUUAAAAGAGCCCAGACUGGUUCUGACCACCGAGAAUCCCAACUAGUCAGCCACUGCUUCUAUGAACAAGACUUGAAACGUUGUGGGUGCUAAUGCAAAACAUAGCCGCUACACCCAAAAGGCUUCUCUUGGGCAUUUUCACAAACACCUUAUGGGCAUUAACUACAUUGCUUAUUUGCAUUGCAUUUUCCAGACAAAAGUGUUGGUUUUGAUUCAGGCUAGCAAUGUUUGCGAGGAGAUGCUGCUCCUCCGUUGGUUGGUGGUCGAAGAAUCAGAAGCGGUUCAUGACCACCAGUAAGCGUGUGCAGGACAGGAGCAAACUGAAGAGGGUUCAUGAUCUUGAGAUUGUCACUGAGAAAUGGAAGAUAGCUUCCAAGGUGCUCUUUUUGAUGGAGUUACUAAAGAAGGAGCCGGAAAUGAUAAUCCCGGUGAGGUCAUUGGACAAGUUCCGGGCGCAGAUUAGUCUUCCUAAGCCCCAUAGGAUGUCUGAUUUCAUUAGGAAAUCGCCGAAACUGUUUGAGUUGUAUAGGGAUCGUAGGGGAGUUUUAUGGUGUGGGAUGACUGAGCAAGCUGAGGAGUUGGUAGAGGAGGAGGAUAGGUUACUUGAGCGGCAUCAAGAUAAGGCUGCUGAGUAUGUUACUCGUUUUCUUAUGAUGUCUCUUGAUAAGCGGCUUCGAGUUGACAAGAUUGCUCAUUAUAGGAGAGACUUUGCUCUCCCAAAUGAUUUUAGGACUACCUGGGUGCACAGGUAUCCCCAACACUUUAGGCUGGUCCGGGAUGAUGAGGACAUCGAGUACUUGGAACUUGUUAGUUGGAAUCCUGCUUGGGCUAUAACGGAGUUGGAGAAGAAGACAAUGGGGGUUACUGAUGCCGGUGCUCAUACCCCUGGCUUGCUUUCACUCUCGUUUCCUCUGAAGUUCCCUCCCAAUUACAAGAAGAGAGUAUACAAAUAUCGGGGAGCGCUUGAUCAUUUUCAGAAAAGGUCUUAUUUGUCACCCUAUGCAGAUGCCAGGGGACUUGAAGCUGGGUCGAAAGAAUUUGACAAGAGGGCAGUGGCUAUUAUGCAUGAGCUUCUCAGCUUUACUGUUGAGAAGAGAUUGGUGACUGAUCACCUCACUCACUUCAGACAGGAACUUGCGAUGCCCCAAAAGCUUAUGAGACUAUUUCUGAAGCAUUUUGGCAUCUUCUAUGUCUCGGAGAGAGGGAAGAGAUUUAGUGUCUUCUUGACAGAAGCUUAUGAAGGUUCAGAGCUCAUUGAGAAGUGCCCUUUGGUUAUUUGGAAGGAAAACGUUCAGAGCCUUAUUGGUUACAGAGGAAAGAAGAAGAUUGAAACUUUUACUGACAUGUCAGACAUGGAAGACAGUGGUUUAUAUAGGAGCAAUUCUGAAAGUGAAAGUGAUUCUGAAGAAGAGAGCAUUCACUUGGAGGAUAACUCACAUACAGAUAAUUCUGAAAUGGAGAUUGACGAGGUUUUCAGUGCUUACGAGGACUCUAAAACAUCUUAAAGUUAUGUUGUUCUCAAGUUGUAGCAUAACUGGCAUUACCGGAUCACUCAAGCGAAAGGCUUAACAGCCUAGUCGAGUUGAAUACAUUGAUGUUUGGAUAUCAAGUUCAAAGAUGUAGUGAAACAAAGGAAGUACCAUGUCCUGAAAAAGCUAUGGUGGUAUCCAAAGUUGAAGAAGAUGAAGCUGAUGAUAAAGUUGAACCUUCGGAUCCAAAGCAUGAUCCUCGUUAAGAAGAUGAUGAUGAUAGGAUGAAUGAUGAAACUGAUCAUGGGGACAUUUCCGAUGAAGAGGAACAUUAACCAGGACCAGAUGGCAAGUCCAAAAUGCCUAUCCAAAGAUGCUGUUAACUGGGAGGGUUUGGCAAGUCAAUACCAGUUAAGAAAAUCCCGGCAGAAUAUGCAGAAAUUCCUACGAAUUCUGAUAUUUCGUUUUAGUUCAAGAGGUGCAAGUGAUGCAGAUGGAGCUUCGUAUUCUAAAGCAAAGGGGUCUGUGAGAAAACAGAGGACUGGAUAUAAAGGCAAAAACCAGUAGCAAGAAACAGUUGAGCAUGAGCCCAGCCAAAGGUACAAGCAAAGGAUGAAGGUGAUUUGCUUUGUGUUUACCUGCUGUUGACACUUUCUAACCAUCUGGUGCCUUUGCCAGGUUGGUCAAAACUUUAGAAUCGAUAAAAUGUGUUUGCAUGCCUGGCACCAUUGUUCUGUAGCGUACCAUAUUUAGUAUGCACUUUAUAGUGUUAAACUGA